AUGGAGGCAGCGGGAGCAGACAUCGAGUCCGAACGGCCAGCUGCCGUUUCGCACUGGCGACUCCUGGCCGAUCAGGCGCUUCUGACGCCUCACGUUCUGAGCUCGAGUUUCCACGGGCAGGGAACCGAAACGGAGCCGUUCAUCGUCGAAUGGGAUGACCACGAUCCCAGGAACCCCCAAGGCUGGGCUAAGUGGUACAAGUGGAUCAUCACCGUGGUGGUCGCCAUUGCUUCGCUAGCCGUGUCCUUUUGCUCGUCCGCAUAUUCUGGAGGCAUAGCGGACAUGAUGCGAGACUUUGACAUCAGUCGAGAGGUUGCCGUGCUCGGCCUGAGUCUGUUUGUCGUUGGCUUCGCUUUAGGUCCUCUGCUCUGGGCUCCGCUCAGCGAACUGUAUGGCCGACAAGUCAUCUUCUUCGUGACCUUCGGCGCCUAUGCCGCUUUCAACGCUGGUGCCGCGGGCUCUCAGAACACCGAGACCGUGCUCAUACUGCGGUUCCUCGCUGGCUCGUUUGGAUCAUCGCCGUUGACCAAUGCCGGUGGAGUCAUUGCGGACAUGUUCGAGGCAGAAGAGCGCGGACUGGCCAUGUGCGUGUUUAGCAUCGCUCCCUUUAUGGGUCCAGGACCAGUCGUUGGCGGAUUCCUCGGAGAGACUGCAGGCUGGCGAUGGCUCGAAGGGCUGAUGGCCAUCUUCUCUGGAACGCUCUGGAUCGUCGGCACUCUGGCCGUCCCCGAAACAUACGGCCCCGUCAUUUUACGAAAGCGCGCAGAGAAGCUGGCUCGAAUGACUGGCAAGCACUACCGAAGCAUAGUCGACCAUGAUAGAGGUAAAAUGACCUUCCAGAAGGUGCUGAACAAGAGCAUGCGUCGGCCGUGGGCUUUACUCUUUAGGGAGCCCAUCGUUCUGCUCUUGACCAUCUACCUGGCUAUCGUCUAUGGCAUUCUGUACAUGCUGUUCGGCGCUUUUCCUGUGGUGUAUCAGCAGCACCGACAAUGGACCCAAGGGGUGGCUGGGCUACCCUUCCUUGGAGUGGCCAUCGGCAUGGUGGUCUCGAUGCUGUACAACAUCUUGGAUAACAGGCGCUACAUACAAGUCGUGAAAGCGAACCAUGGUCAUGCGCCCCCAGAGUCCCGGCUCCCGCCUAGCAUCGUCGGCAGCUUUGCGUUGCCCGUUGGCCUCUUCUGGUUUGCAUGGACCAGCGGUGCCUCGGUGCCUUGGCCGGCCAGCGUUGCAGCAGGCAUCCCUUUUGGAUUCGGCAUGGUGCUGGUCUUCAUGGGAAUCAUCAACUACCUUGUGGACUCAUACACCAUCUAUGCAGCAUCAGUGAUGGCUGCAAAUUCUGUACUACGAUCAUUGUUUGGAGCUGCCUUUCCGCUGUUUACGGUGCAGAUGUACAACAAGCUGGGCAUCCAUUGGGCUUCUUCGCUUGCGGCGUUCCUAGCUCUUGCGUGUCUACCGUUCCCUUGGCUCUUCUACAAGUACGGGUAUGCGGUGCGAGUCAGAUGCAAGUACGCGGCGCAGGCGGAGAAGUUUGCACGGGAAAUGAGGGAAAGGGACUUGAGAGACGAGCCCGAGGACGGUAUUGAGCAGAGCGGGCAACGGACGCCGGACAACUCUGACGGCGAAACCACCAAGGAAGGGGAGCAAAAGGCAGCGGGGAAAUCGGAGGAAUAA